AUGUUCAUUUACAUCAAACACGCAGAUAAUGAACAGUUCCUGGUCAACACUGACUGCCCGAUCAUACUGCUACUGCAGUACCUGAGGACAAAGCUGGGUCUCGCUGAGACAGAGCUGCUGGAUCUGUGCGAUGAAAGGGGAACGCUGAAACUGCUCUUCCUGGCACAUCAGCCGCAGGAGUCCGCCAGCCGGCUCUUGCCAGUGCGAGCUUCCUUCCUGGUCUGUUCAGUCAACCGUGACUCCAAGGAUGGAGCUUAUGUCUCCAUCACUCCCCACGUGACCAACCCCGACCCUGCGCUGAUAGAGAACCUGAAGACUCAGAUGGAUCAUCUGGAGAAGGCUCGUCUGAAAAAGCUUUCUUCGCAGGAGGACCGGGUCUCAAACGUGGCCCGGUCGGCCCAGCCUGUGAGUACACCGUCCCCUAACCCGGGCCCUCUACCUGAGCAUGUUGCUAUAAGUCUGUGA